CGGGAAUAACGAAAGUGCAAAUGAACGAACAACCUGUCGCGAGUCUGUGGUCGUGAUGACUGAGCCCACAUCACGUGACCUGAUGUGAGCGUAAAUCACAUGACCAAUUUUAAGUGUAAUAUAUAAUCAAUGGCAUAAGAAUUUCUCGUAUAGGCCCAAUGCCAAACUUUUUACCACUGCUAUGCUACUCACCGGCUGAGACUGUGUAUCGUUUUCCUGUAGUACUCGGUAGGAACUGACCGGACCCAAAUCAAGCAUAAGAUAUGAGAAGGAGAGUACAGAGAUCUCUUGGGAGCAUUGCUAAACCCCACUUCAUAAUAAUCUAGUGGGAAGCAGAAAAGAGAGCUUAGUCAAGAUGGAGGAAGAUGCCCCUCUUAUUGCGGCUGUGCGCACCCCUCGGAAGUUACCGUUUAUUCAGCGCCUUUCUUACGGUGUCGGCCACGUCCUGAAUGACCUCUGCGCUUCCAUGUGGUUCAGCUACCUGCUCGUGUACUUCCACAAAGUUCUCGGUUUCUCGAACUCAAUGGCUGGUGCUCUGCUGCUGCUAGGUCAGAUAAGCGAUGGUAUUUGCACACCUCUGAUUGGCUAUGAGUCUGAUCAUACAAAGACCGGUAUUUGUAACUACGGACGGAGGAAAUCAUGGCAUUUGAUAGGCACUCUUUGCGUGAUCGGUAGCUUCACCUUUAUAUACCAGCCUGUCUUUGGCGGAGAGGAUGCGGAGGACUGGGCAAGGUUCAUCUACUACGCCCCAUUCGUUGUCAUCUUCCAGUUUGGUUGGGCUGCGACCCAAAUCUCUCACCUCUCCCUAAUCCCUGAGAUCACUGCAGAGGACGGCGAGAGGGUGGAGCUCAAUGCUAUCAGAUACGCUUUUACAGUGAUGUCUAGUAUAUUCGUAUACCUCGUCACAUACCUGCUUCUGCAGUUAAAUGACAAAGAUGAUGUUAGCAACACACAAUCUUCUCUCGAUCCAGAUGAUAUUCCCCAGUUCAGGUACCUGGUCGUCAUUGUAGUAUGUGUGGGAACAGUCUUCUCCUUCUUCUUCCAUCUUGGGACCAAAGAGCCCAAGGGAGGUAGGAGAUGUCCUACGGAGGACGAUGAGGGCGCUCACUCCUAUGGGAGCGUUCAGGCCCCCGAUCAACCAAAACUCACAAUGAAAUGGAGCGAUUGGCUCAAAGAAUCUCAGUUUUAUCAGGUGACAGCUCUUUAUAUGUUUACGAGGUUGAUGGUGAAUAUAGCCCAAAUAUACAUACCAAUGUAUGUGACGGAUACACUCGGCUUAGAUAAGGAAACGGUAGCCUUAGCCCCACUUGUAGUGUACAUCAGUGGGUUUUUAUCAACGCUAGUAGCCAAGCCGUUUAACAGGAUAGCAGGAAAAAAGCUGACCUAUUUCAUAGGAGCCGUCCUUUACAUCGGUGCUUGCGUCUGGAUGGCUAUCCCUAAUAUCGGUCUUCAGGUUUACGGGGCGGCCAUCUUGCUUGGUGCUGGUGGAUCGACGGUAUUAGUAACGUCCCUUGCCUUCACAGCUGAUCUGAUUGGAUGCAAUACAGAAAGUGGAGCAUUUGUGUACGGUGCAAUGAGCUUCACAGACAAGUUGUCAAACGGGAUCGCUGUCGAAAUCAUACAACUUAUGCAGCCGUGUGUGUCAACAGUCUAUCCAGUUGUAAGGCACUGUUGCCCAGGCUGUAAGGCAUACUACAAAGAGGUCAUGACCUACGUCACCGGUGGGGCAGCCAUAUUUGCUAUUAUUGUUCUUGCCACUCUUAUACCUGUCACUAUAGGAAAGAGAAGAAAAAAAAUAACACAUUCCUGUGUAAAGGAGGACCAGUCCAGUGUCCAGUCAAAACCGUCCAGGCCACUUUCGUCCGAGUUCAUCACUAAUUCAACAAGGAGCCGUGACGAGGAGCCUGCUGGGACAAAUGGCUAUUUGCCCCAAGCAGAACAGCAUUCCCCAGGCAGGGUAACAAGUGCCUGUGCAGAUAUACACGAUCCCAGAUCCUGUGGAAAAAUAGAGGACCACGGAGACAACCUUGUGGAACACCAUGAUAUACUUAAUGGGAAGUUAAAUGGUAGUAUUGAAGCAGAAUCUCAGGGAAGUUUACAUGAAGGGCAUGGUGAGAAGAACGCUGAUGAUACGGAUUUGAAUCAGGGAGAAAAUUAUGGUGACCAUGAAGUCAGGACUUGAAAUAUUAAGAUGUAACAGAUUUUUAAAAAUGAUUGAAGUAAUUUAUAUUUGUAUGAGGUAGAUCGAUGAAAAUGUAUUUCAUAGUACAGGUAUAUUAUUCAUACCAUGCAUUUGUAUUUGGCAAAUGUUUGGUGGAAAAUCAAACCUCAUAUGUCAUUGAGUUCAAAUGUUCAGGGGAAUGAAUAAAAAGAAAAAAAACAUGGCAGACAUAUCAAUGCAUCCAGUUGCUUAGUCGUCCAUGGAUGUGGCAUUGUGUCUCCUUUGUUUAUUCUAAAGAGCUGUGACUAUCUCUGGAUACUCGUCAUGGUACAGAGUGAUUUUCCAAUAAUUUUACAAAUGAGGUCUUGCCUCCCCAGUGCUGAAGUCUUCCAGUAAUUUUGUGUUUUUUUGUUGUUUUUUUUAAUACAAGAGUGCUGUCAUCUGUAAAGAAAUUCUUUGUAUGCCAUGUUUGAUGUAUAUAUCAAAUGCUUGAUGAAUUGUUGUCAAAUAUACAUGUAUAGUAUAGACAUGUAUGUCUCAUGUACAGAAUCAGGCUUUUUCUAAAGCUGAAUGAUUUGAGUAAAUUGAGAAAAAACACAAACAAGCACAGUAUUCAAAACUUCAUCACUGUCGAAAGCAAAAUGGGAGAGUCGUAGAAUUUAGAUAUUUACUUAGAGUUGGUGAAGUAACUCCUCACCUUUUUGCUGUAUGUAAAACAAAAUAGAUUUGACAGUAGAGAAGCUUUUGAUUGACUUAUUAUAAGUUACAAAUAAUUUCACAUGUUCACGUAGGAGUAAAACCGUUUUUUUGUUUUUCAUAAACAUGCAGUAGAAGCACAAAGAGAGCAAAGUUGGCUACAGGUAGCUAUAACAGUGUCAUGGACUGCUACCCUAGGGUGGAUUGGUUCAAGGCAGCAUGAUAACUUUGUUGGCAGACACCUUAUAGUUUGAGUCAAGUUUUUCUGAAAGUUGGAGGUAGAGCGUCUGCCUGUCGAAGCAAAGGUCGUGGGUUUGAGUCCAACCAGGCAGAUGAUGACUGAAACCUGCAUUGUGUGUAAACGUCUCUCCCCUGUUUCAUAGAUGCAGUCUGCAUUACAGUGGAAAAAACUCUGUCCCUUGGAUAGGACGUUAAAUGGAGGCCCGGCCCGGUGUAGAGGAGAGACACCACCUUCUCAUAUUAAGAACCCGCUCCACUAUUAGUAUAAGAGCAGGGGGAAACCAGGUGUAGUGGUCCACCUGCACUCCCCCAAUCAGUUAUAUCGGGAGGAGAGACCUGCGGGUCAUUGUGAUUCAGUUUGCUUAUCGCCUCCCAGGCACAGGUGACGCCAAAUAAUGAUAAUAAUAACAAAGAAGUUGAGUAUGUGUGACCUCAUUAGAUUCUGUAUUUAAAUACUGUCCAAUUUCACACUCUUUGGUGUGUUUAAUCGUGGAGCGUUGUGGCCCAGUGGAUUAGUCUCCGGACUUUGAAAUAGAGGGUCGUGGGUUCGAAUCCCAACCAUGGCUUAAUUUCCUUCAGCAAGAAAUUGAUCCACAAUGUGCUGCACUCAACCCAGGUGAGAUAAAUGGGUACCUUGCAGGAAUUUAUUCGUUGAAACGCAGCGCGCGUAACAGCUGCACUGCUAAAGCCAGGGUAUUUAUGCUGCAUAUACUGUAGAGCGCUUAGAGACUUCUGACAAAGCAAGUAUUAAGCGCUAUAUAAGCAAGUACAAUUAUUAUUAUUGAUCAGAAUUUCCAAUAUCACAACUCUUUUUUACAUCCAAAUUUGUUGAAAUUAUCAGUGUUAUGCUCAAUUUAUUUUCAUCUUUUUAUUCAAAUCAACAUCAUGUUGAGUGGACUUGGCCUUUUGAUUUGACGAAAAAAAUAAAAAUAAACCUUGAUGUUGCUCAUAUGUAAUCUGUUAAUUGCUGAUUUGAAAUGAAAUACAUUUUCUUUUUUUUUCAUUCAAAUCUAAAUUGAGCAAUGUUGUAUAAUUCGCUGUUUUCACCCAACAUGGUUUGAGCUGGCAGUUAAGAGCUGGAUACAUUCCAUAGUGUUAUCAUAAUUAUAAAAAUAAUAAUGGUGGAUUCCUCUAGCAGGCAUACAUCUGUCAGGCUGGAUGCUCAUGAUUACAGAAGAAGAAAUUUAUGUUCCUUUUCACAUUUUGGAGCAACCUUGCAUUCUUCAUUUAAAGUUUUUUAAAUGAAAAUAAGUCAAAGAUUCAUUGAGUCCAGUAUUCAAAUCAACAUUUUUUUUUUCGUUUUAUGUACAUCUACCUGCAUGGGAAUUUGUUUGAAUUUAUUUUUAUGUGUAUUGACCAUGUAGCAUGGUUGAACUUUAAACCAGCAUGCCUUUCAAGAUGGAUCAAGUUGUUUUCAAAUUCACAUGGUGCCCAGAAAACACAAAAUAUUUUCACAGCGUUCCCAAUUUUUUUUACAGAAUGUCUCAUUUCUUUCUGCAGGUCCUUCGACUAAAAAGACUUGGUAAACACUGUUAAAAAAGAGGAUUUUACUGACAGGAGUAUUGUUUCUGCUCAUUUUAUUGUCCGUUGGCUCCAAUGCCAACGUUUGAUAUCGUGGUGCAAUAUUAGCAAUAGUUGAAUGCACAAUGCCAUGUGGUUCAUAAGGAAUUCUAAUAUUUAUGACUUGUACCCUGAAAUACACAUUUGAAUUCAGACAGGUUUGUGCACUUGAGAACUGCAUUCCAUGCACCACACUGUGGCCUCUUUGCACAGCGCCAUCUUGUGUUCACCUGAAGUAUAGGUGUAAAUGUUUUUAUAGCACGCGCACACUGACAAGUCACCCUACUUUAUAUGUGACAAUAGGAGCACAAUAAUAGCACUGUUAACAUUAAUAACACACAUAUAGAAUAUGUUCACACUUUUGAGGAAGCCAGGGCACAGCCCUACAAAAUAGUAUGGUGUAGCAUUACAUGUGCACAUUAUAGAUGUCAUAUGCAGUGUUGCGCAAUUAUCAGUCUUUCACAAUAUGGUAUUUUCAUCAUUUAAUAAAACACACAAAGAAUGAUUUCAUAUUUUAUGGGAAGCCACGGUACAGCCCUAAAAAAAACAAUUGACAAAAUUGCACAUUUUCAUAAGGUGUCAAAUACAUGCAGUUUGUCAUUGAGGGGCAUGUAUAGCAGGAUACAAUGUUCCAAAAUACCUAUUAGGCCUACUUGUAGUUGAGCACAAAACAAAGUACUGUGAUAUUGUGCAAUGUUUUUAUAGUUGAUAAGCCCAGCGCACACUAUACGAUUUGUUGCAAGCUGAAUUUCGAAGAAAUUGUAAUAACAUUUGAUAUGAACAUUCCAACCAAUAAAAUCUUAGCGAUCAGAGUUCAAAAUAGUGGAAGGACUAUAAUGAAAUUGAAAUUCAGUCUAGUUCAAGCCUCGCUGAAGGGAUAAAAGAAAAUUUAAUUCCAAAUCGUAAUGACGUCAUCAUCGCCUGCGACUUAAAGCUGAUUUGGACUUCACUCCGACCACAGGGCUUGCCGCAAAUAAAAAAUGAUGAUUUUAUUAUACCUAACAUUUUGCUGAACUUCAAAUAAAAUAAUUUCACUUCUUUGAACUUUCAAAUUUAAUGCUGAUUGUGAUUUCUUAGAAAAUAUGUGCGCUGGGCUUAAGGCUCAUGCCUACCAAAUGGCAUAGUUUAAAUGCACAAACCAAUAUGCUGCCAUCGUGAACAUAGAUUACCCAGAAUGCAUCGGUAUUUUUAGGCGACCCCGUUUGCAGUUAUGAAUCAACUUCAUUAAACUUUGCAAUGCUUACUGUGAGUGCAUACAUUUUAUCACACGACACACUAAUAAAUAAAACAAAUCCCUCGGUCCUUAUAGGUAAUAGUGACCAAACUACAGCAAGAUCACAUAUCAUGUGGCCCAUGCAUAUACUUUGAAUUUAUUUCAUGCCUGCACAUGAAGCAUGCUCAGCAGAACUGUCCCUGCCCAUGUUUGGACAUUAGACCUGUACAAUGUGACAAUGAUUUUAGGUAUGAUGUCAUUGAUUAGGUCACAAUGUUUAUUGUAUCUAUCAAACAUGGUUUGACGAGUGUAUACAUGCACAAUGAGUUACUUUGUCAAAAGUCUGUGCCCGUCUUAAAAGCUAGAAUUCUGCUAUAAAGGCAUUAUAAGCUUUUUAAUAGUGGCUUUCCUGCAUUUACUACACUGCAAAUAUGCAGGUGUUAAUUCAAUAGCAGCCUGGUAUCUAUAUCACUAAACACCAGCGAAGUAAGGAAACACCAGUUUGGUGUUUGGUAACACCAGGCAUUUUAGUGUCAAAACAAUAUCGGGUUUAUUCUAAACUGGUGUUGUUAAAACACUUUCUCUGGGGUUUUCCGAUAUGGAUAUCGGGCUGGUGUUAAAUUAACACCGGCGUUCUUGCAGUGUGUUAUUUUAUCUAAGAUGAAGUGUGUUAGCUGGAAAUGAAAAAAAAAAACAUAUGUGGGAUUCCCGUGCUAAAGACAAUACUCUGAUUCUUAAAAGGUUCCUAAAUUCUUCUGGAAGUAAUUUCCUACACAAGCAUAAUAUAAUGUACUUAAACUUCUCCUUUGGUUAUGUCACAAGAUUAUAUGAUGAAAAUAACUGAUUUAUAUAAUUUGUCUUCACAAGGAAUAAAUAUUAUAUAUUGAAUAAUGGAAUAUGAAUUUUAUUUGAUGUGUAACAAUGCAUGUUCAGUAUUGACUUUUCGUCAUUAGGUCACUAUUAUUCACUUUAUUUUGAAAAACUAUUGUAAAGGUUACUUUGCAUUAUCUAUGCAUACGUUAUCUCUUUUUGUAAUCUUUAUUUGAUGUCAUGGUUUAGUAUUCACUGUAUAUGUUUAACAUGAAGUCAUUGGAUAUUAUGGUAGAAAUGUAAAAAACUGUGAUAUGAUCUUUAUCAGUACCCAAAUUACCAAAUACACAUGGAAUUAUCGAGUAGUUUACAUGUAAAACAAUCCAAUGAAAAUAAAUUAGAUGCCUUAGUGUAUUAUCUGGAUUUGUAUAUUUUUUCCUGUUUAGUUCAUUAUGAACCUUGAAUUUUCUCAUUUUCUCUAUUGAAAAGUACUAAAGUUUAGUAAAAAAAAAAUAAUGCUGUCGUUCUUUAAAUUUACAGAAGUGUCACAAUAUAUCUUUUUAUUUAGGACUACUGAAGUAUGAAGAACAACUCUAAAAUAUGCUGAAUAGAGAAAAGUUGAAAUACAUUUGUCUACUUAGAUAUGUACACUGUAUGUAUGAUAUAUGUUUUUGUUACUAUUAAUUGCUCCAUUAGUAAAAAGGGCAUUUUUGUUUGUUUCACUUUGGCUUUUUCAUGUAGUCUUUUAGUAUUUUAUUUCUCCGCCCAUUGUAGACCUUUGCCAGUGACAUUAUGUUUUGAGGUCAUUAGUCCGACUUUCUUGCGUUUGUUCUCUGAAGAAACAUUUGACAGAUCAACUUUAAACUUGGUCUGAGCAUAUGCAUAUAGGACUGAUUAUGAUCACAUUAGUUUUUCUUUGUAUCGAUAUUAAACGUCUAACAUCUCAGAAAUCAUUAUAUAUACUGUAUUGGGCAUAGAUUUUAUCUGCAUGCAGUCGACAAUCCAUCUUGAUAUAAAAUGUACUUAAAUUUCACAGUAUAUGAAAUUUGUAGUUCUGGGGGUGGGGGGUGUCCGGCAUUGGAAAGAAAGUAUAUGCUCUUAUAUUCACACAGAACUGCGAGGUAUGGGAUUCAAAUCCUUCCAGAAGCAUGAUCACUUUACUUAAUUUACAAGGUUUUAUUAAUAAAUUUUCUAUACACGCAAAAGAAAAUGGGGGGAGGGGUUGUAUUGCACCUGUCUAUUGCCCCCCCCCCCCCUCAUUCUUCAGAUUGGUAGGAAUGUCACAUUGCGGAGCCUAUAGUUUAAAAGUAGUAUAAAUGUCAUAUGAUUUCUGCAUGAAAGCUAGUAAUAUUUCAGACAGAUUCUGAUAAUUUUUAGGCUGUAGGUAGAUAACACUGAAACACAGGUUUGUGGUUGAUUUACAAGUCAAUUGCUCAUUAUGCAAAUUAGAAGAACAAGAAGAUUUUGACUGAUCACACCCAUGAACAAACUAUAAAAUUAACUGUUCAUCUAUAUUGUGAAUAUUUAAAGUGUUGUGAUUCCUGUUUGAUGGAGUGUAUUCAAGCAUAUAAUGCAGUUUCAGGAAGAAACUGGUCAUGGCCUUGCUUUGAUACAAAAUUAGACUAUAUUACUAUAUAUUAAAUAUUUAUUGCUGUAAAUGAUGUUGUUCAAUUACACCAAUAUACUAAUGAUGUAAUUAGUAUUUCUCUUCACCAUAAUACAUCUCAUCUCUUCUUGAUUUUCGCAAACCUGGUCGCUCUGGUCUUCGCGCUUCUAAGACUUUUCUCUCGAUCUCUCUAUUCCAAAAACCAGACGGUCAUGGGGAGAUCGUGCAUUAGCAUCAGCAGCUCCCCGUCUAUGGAACAAUCUUCCAACUAAACUAGAAGACUGUAGAUCAGUAGAACAUUUCAAGGCCAGUUU